UCAAUCAUCGUUUAUCACCAUCGAAGCAGGCGCGUGAGUAAGUAAGCGGGAAAGGUUCUCGUUCAGGUGAAAUGAUCGACGUCCAGAUGGCAAACCACGAAUAAAGCUCACGCGCAGCUCAGAAUCACAUCACGACUUUUUUUUUUCACCACUCGCUCUCUCUCUUUUUUUUUUAAACACCGAGGAAGACCGGUAAUGUCUUCGUCAACCUCUGCCGCCGUCCCACGCGCCGGUAACGACGACGAAAUCCGCGCCGCCUCAAUUAUGGAACGAGAAAUUAACAGUUCCGAUAUGGAAAUCGAUGAUGAUGAUGAAAACGAAGAGGAUUUGCAAAGCUCUUCGAAUCGAAAUGAUGCUGGUAAUGUUGUGGAGUCCAGGGGGCAUGAUGGACAACUCGGGUCAGAUUUGUCAAGUACUCCUGGAAAUUGCGAACCAAGAAUACUGGCUAAAACCCUUAAUGUAGGAGAGGGUAGUGCUAAUUUUGAAUUUUCCAGUCUUCCAAAUGAGUCGUUAGCGACUCAAAAGGAGGGUCUAUGCACAAACUAUGUGGCUUCCAAGUAUUCAGUAUCUGGAAAAGAGCCUGCAAAGGAAAAUGGAAUUCAAGAAUAUAUGGGCAAUGGAAAAGAUUCUCGUAACAUGUUAGAAAGAAAAGCCUCUCAAGACUACCCUGACCAGCAUACUAACGGCAAGGGCCAUUUUGUUGUUGAUGAGAGUAAUUCACUCCCAGUUGGGCAUCACUCAGGAGGAGUUAAUAAUGGUCUAGGUUUCGAGGAAAAAAAUAAGCAAAUGGAUGUGCAAACAGAUGAUGAUAAGAGGAAGAUAAAAUCAAGGUUUCACAGAUCUGCUGCUCCUCAGACUAGUGCCGGAAGUCUAUCACCUAGCAGUAAUAGUGAGAACAAACGCCCUGCACUUAUAUGUGACUUUUUUGCUAGAGGUUGGUGUAUCAAAGGAAGUUCAUGUAGAUUUCUUCACAUAAAAGAUGGUGGGAAAAAUCCUGGACAACUGCCUCAAGAAGAUACAGCUGCAGCAGAUGGGAAAAGAGCUGUUGAGCUUGAUGAAGGUUUUAGAAGUGCUGCUGAGAGAUCAAGAUCACCUGCUUCUGCUGAUGCACUGCCUUCGUCUGUUGUAAAUAAGACUGGAUUGUCUUCUCAUUUCUUUUCAGAAAGAAUCCUGCCGUUGGGGCAUGAUGAAAACCAAAGAUUACACUUAUUUCAUGAAAUGAAUAAGUUCCCUCUACUCCAAAGUAAAGAUAAAUCUUUGGGCACUGCCCCUGCCUCUCAGUGGUUUUCUGCAUCUACAGAUGAUUUUGGACCAUCUAAGGAUGUAAGACAAAAUGGUAUAGGUCAGAACUUGCCUGUUUCACUGAGUGAUAGAUCUACCUUCGGGAAUGGUUUUCUUCCUGAAUAUAAAUCAUCAUUGAGUGGCUCAGUUAUAUCAUUGGGCGAUAUAUAUAGUGAGAACCAAUCUCAUCAUGUCUCAACACACCUAGUAUCAUUGCCUUUAAACUUUUCUUUGAGUGCAUGCUCUCUUGGAGCUCAAAAGAUGUUGGACAAUGACCGCGGGUGUCAUACUUCCAAGUUGUCUUCUUUGCUGCAAGGCCCUUUUCCCUUCUCUAGUUCUAAACCAGAAAAAUUUCUUGUAAAUGAUGUUGCCAGUGAUCCGUUGCACUUUUCAGAAAAUAGAAUAAAAAUAUCUUCAGAUGAUUGGGAGCCAUCAGUACCCUUUCGGCCAUCCUUUUUUGUCACCUCUGGUAUAUCAUCCCCACGAGGCGAAUAUGAUCCUCUUCGUGACAGCAUUGAUGUGUCCAGUGCGGGAGAGAGGCCACUUAAAUUUUCUUUCUCUAAUCAAGGUCCAUCCCUCUUGAAUGUAGCAGAUCCACCAACAUAUGGCAAUUUUGCAUCAAGAAGGCCACUGCUCCCUGAACGUAAUGAUGAUAAAAGAACUGCAUCUUGUCAUAAUGGAGUCCAUGAAAACUUGGUCAGCAAUAAUUGCAACCCUUCUGGAAAAGAUUCGCUAACAACUGAUGCAAAUGAUGGAACUUCUGCUGUUGACAUGCAAAACGGAACACUAGUGAAAGAAGAGAUUUCCUCGGUUGCUUCUCAUGUCAAAGACAUUUCAAAGGCAAACAAAAAUGAUAGAGAUCAUGACGGCAGACAUCGAAGAGGCGGGUCUAGAUGCAAAAGGGACUUAGAAGUAGAUAGGGUUAGAGAAAAGAAUGAAAUAGAUGUUGAGGUUGAGCAUAAGGCAGAUGGGGAUUAUAAAGAAUCAAAAGCAAUGAGGCAUUUCCAUGCUGCUCUUGUAGAUUUAAUUAAGCAACUGUUGAAACCAACUUGGCGUGAGGGUCAUCUCAGUAAAGAUGCUCAUAAUACAAUAGUCAAAAAAGCAGUUGACAAAGUUUUUGGCAGCAUACAACCUCAUCAGCUUCCAGUUACCUUCGAGUCAGUUAAGCAAUAUCUUUCUUCAUCCCAACCAAAAAUAACAAGACUUGUUGAGGGAUAUAUCGAAAAAUACAAAAAAUCUUGAGAUGCUAGGCGGGGGUGCUAAUGUAUUUAUUGCACAUUUUAUUAACGGAAGUCUUAAACAAUUUAAACUGAGUAUCAUGGAAGUGUAUGGAUAUUUAUCUUGAAAUGCUUUCGUUCUUUUUUUCCCUUUAUUAUCUGUAUGUAGAAAGAAUUUCUACAAUACAUGUCUUACUAGUAGUUGCUAAGUCUAGGAGAGCAUGUUAUUCUUCUUAGCUUGCAUGUUGGGAAGUCUCCAAAGGAGUUUCAGCUAAACUUUCUUUAGGACAAUGGAAUAGUUAGUUGCAAGAUUACUUGUAUGCUAGGUAACAUUUUUUAUGGAUAUAAGAUAUGAAUUGUAAAAAGGUUCAAAUUUAUUUCAUAACUCCUUGCAGUUUUUCGAGAAA